AUGUCAGCUCAAGACUACUACGGCGGCUCCCGCCAAAACACCCACACCCCAAAGAGGUCCUCCCAGUAUCUGUCGACGCCACUGGUCGACCAGGCAGGCUACUACCCUGAACUCGACCGCCCUCGCUCUUCCUCGUCCAACCGCGCCAGCCGCUCCCCCUACGGAAAUGGCUACAGCCACACCCGGAGCCGGAGCACGGGACCCCCCGGCUCCGACGCCAAACUAGGAACCGGACAGGAGGGCGAACGAGGCUUUCUCUCCACCGUCGGCGGAGGUGCCGCCGGCGGCUACGCGGGAAAGAAGUUCCUCGGCGGAAAACUAGGCGCCGUCGCCGGCGCACUGGGCGGUGCCGUCGUGGCUAACAAGCUCGAGCACCGUCUCUCGGGAAGCCAUCACGGCAGCAGCAGCCACCAUUCCCACCACGGCCAUCAUCAUCAUCACCACGGCCCACCCCCUCCGCCCCCGCCACCCCACCACUUUGGUCACCACCACGGACCCCCGCCUCCUCCUUACGGUCACCACCAUCACGGUGGUCCCCCGCAUCACGGUAGCCACCACAGCUCCGGCGGUUUCGGCGGACUCGUCGGUUCUUUAAUGGGACGCGGCAAGCACCACGGCGGCCACCACGGACACCAUGAGCACCACGGCCAUCACGGCCACCACGGCGGCCCAGGCUGGUAA